GCCCGUGUCCGCGUCGGUAUUCUUGCGUUAACUACGUAGGGCCUUGGGAAAAAAAAGAAUCCACCGUGCGACUUUCACUGACUGUGACACGGGGAUGUCCUUCCUUGAAGCCUCGGAUGAUCACGAACAACAAGACUGCAGUUAGCCACUGGAUGAGAGAGUGGUUGAUUACGGAUGGUUCAUCAGCAGGUCCUGAGCUGGCUGAUCUCAGACCAGAGGGGAAACUUAAUUUUUGCUGUGGCCUGAAGGCAUUAUAAUUCCUGAGAUGUCAAUGAGACGAGGAGAAGGGAUGUCCAUCGCUCAGGCUUUGGCCAUGACUGUAGCAGAGAUACCCGUCUUUCUCUAUUCUACAUUUGGGCAGUCCAUAUUUUCCCAGCUGAGGCUUACACCUAGCCUGAAGAAGGUGCUGUUUGCCACAGCACUGGGCAGUGUGGCUCUAGCUCUCACUGCUCAUCAUUUAAAAAGGCGAGGAAGAAAGAGGAAGCAGGGAACACAAGAAAAGGAUGGCCAGAAGACAGUGGGAAUACCAGAGUCGCUCAUGAAGACAGGACGGCCCUCAUCAUUAAAGAGAGCCCCAUUUACUGGUCGACAGAUGAUGAGUCCCAGCACUCGAAGCAAUGAUACGAUGAGUGGAAUUUCCUCCCUGGCUCCCAGUAAACACUCAAGUUCAUCACACAGCCUGGCAUCUAUGCGAGUCCCAAGCUCUCCAAAUCAGUCUGCCAAUCCAUCCACACCUUGGGAGGCAGAGCCUGUGGUGGAAGAGUCAGGGGCGGUAGAGGACGCUAAUGCAGAGAAUCUCUAUUUAAUGGGCAUGGAGCUGUUUGAUGAGGCUCUGCGAAAGUGGGAACAGGCACUGAAUAUUCGCCAUCAACCCCACUCAACAUCCAGCAACAACAGCCUGGCUCUGCAGGGAGCAACAUGUGGAGACGUUACCACGGGUGAAGCCCAAAAUAAAGUGUUUGCUGAGAAGUUAGAGACACUACUGCACAGAGCGUAUCACCUACAGGAGGAUUUUGGGAGCAGUAUCCCAGCAGACAAUGUGCUGGCAGACUUUGAAAGUGAAGGAACGCUAAUCUUGCCUCAAGUGGAAAGUUUCCAUAGACUGCAAGAGGACGAUGCUACUACUGUCACUUCUGAUGACUCCUUCUUUUCGGCUGCGGAGCUGUUAGAUCCCAUGUCUCUAGGGGAGGUCUAUCAGCCAGCAGCCCUUUAUGAAGAAGCCCUGUCUCUGGUCCAUGAAGACAAAGUGGCCUAUAGGACCCUGAGGACUGAACUACUUGAAUGUUAUAGUGACCAAGACUUCCUUGCCAAGCUUCACUGUGUGAGACAAGCAUUCCAGAUCCUAUUGUUAGAUGAAACCCAUCGUACGUUUUUCAUGGAGACCGGAAAGCAAAUGAUUGUUGGUUUAAUGAUAAAGGCGAACAAGAGCCCCAAAGCUUUUCUAGAAAGCUAUGAAGACAUGCUGCUGUACACUCAGAGAGAGGAAACGUGGCCCAUCACUAAGAUGGAGCUGGAGGGUCGAGGAGUGGUUUGUAUGAACUUUUUCGACAUAGUGUUGGACUUCAUCCUGAUGGAUGCAUUCGAAGACCUGGAGAGUCCUCCUGCCUCUGUGGUGGCUGUGCUGAGGAAUCGCUGGCUCUCUGACAGCUUUAAAGAAACGGCUUUGGCGACUGCUUGCUGGUCCGUCCUAAAAGCCAAAAGGCGUCUUCUUAUGGUUCCUGAUGGAUUUAUCUCCCACUUCUAUGCCAUAUCUGAGCAUGUAAGCCCAGUUUUAGCUUUUGGCUUUUUAGGACCCCGGCAGCACCUGAGUGAAGUGUGCACAAUUUUUAAGCAACAAAUCGUGCAGUACCUUAAGGAUAUGUUUGACCACGACAAGGUCCGCUUCACCUCUCCACAGUGUUUGGCCGAGGACAUCCUGAACCUUUCUCACCGCCGAAGUGAUAUUUUACUUGGGUAUCUGGGAAUCGAUAGCCUUCUUGAGAUCAACGGUGCCCUGCCCAGUGACCAAGAGGGCUCUUCAGGGACCAACUAGGAGGAGUAGGGUAACAAAGAGCUUCACUGGGCCUUGUACCAGCCAACAGUAAAGAGGCUGAUGAGUUGGGAACAGCAAGAAGUCACAGCUGGACAGUGUGUCGAUAUUAAGACUGGAAAGAAUCAUCCUCCUGUGAUACACUGAGAACCAGCAUUAUUCAUUUAUUCAUCCGUGUUUCAUUAAACAUGACGGCUUAAGUAGGACAUACUUUCACUAGUUCUACAAAUUAGUGAAAGUACAUUGGUGUAACGAUCCCACCUCUUUUAUGUUGCUGCUGUGUAGUCAUCGAGAAUACAGACUGCAGUCAUGUAAUGACAGACGUGCAAGGACUUGUCUUUGCCUUGUUGGGUGAGUUCUUGAAAACAGGCCUGACGGGAAGCAUUACCAACCCAUGAAAACUGUGCCAGCUACACUUGUACUCCACAUGGAUUGAGGGCUUUCAGAGAACUCUUCAUCACCUCUGGAAUUAAGGGGAAUCAUGGUGUGGGAAACAGCAUUUUGUGUUUUAUUUUAAAUUAAGUAAGCUUAAAUGUUUAAAAUGAUGAGAUUUCCUGAGAGUUCUUGAGCACUUUGGCCAACUGAUUAUUAGUGCUGCUGGUUAAUGCAAAAUGGGGUGGGUUUGUCUCCACACUUGUCCUUAAAUCCUCUUUAAUGUCUUUAUUUAUUUUCUCCACUUUUGGUCAAUCGAGCUUAAAAUGUGGUGAAACCAAGAAAGUCUGUUGAAUGCAAAAAGACUUGAAAUAGUGUAGGGUUCUGGCAUGUUACU